AAAUGUGAUGCAGUCGCUUGCACAAGAAAUAAAAUCAUUUUCUAAAAAUAAUUUGCGGAAACAAUGCACCAGGGUGACGACUUUGAGUGGCAGGCGGAUUAUAGAGACAUGGAAAGGCUCCACUGUACAGGUGGUGGAGGAGACAGUGCAGCCUGAAACAGCAUGUGGAUAUAUUCAGGAUAAUAGUUGGGAUCUUCAGGUUGGAUAUAUUAAACCAUAUCUAUUGCUUGGAUCCCAAGAUGCUGCUCAUGACUUUGGUACUAUGAGGAAAUAUAAGGUCACACAUGUAUUAAAUGUUGCAUAUGGUGUAGAAAAUGCCUUCCCUGACCUGUUCAUCUAUAAGACGCUGAGCAUACUGGAUUUACCUGACACUGAUAUCAUAUCAUAUAUCCAGGAGUGUGCACAGUUUAUAGACCAGGCAAAAGCUGACAAAGGAGUCGUGCUUGUCCACUGCAAUUCAGGAGUUUCACGCUCUGUGUCAGUUGUCACUGGAUAUCUGAUGUUAAGGGAAAAGCGGGCGUUUGGUGAUGCGUUUGCACUGGUGAAAUCGGCUCGACCAGCUGCAUGUCCAAACCCAGGUUUCAUGGAACAGCUGAAGAGCUUCAAACCACAAAGCUUUACAAUAGUAAACGGUUUGAAUCAUGAAUGAACAUGAUUCUAUGGCUGCACCUUGUCAUUGUUAAAGCCACGAGUGCUUCAAUUGCAGUUUGUUAUAUAGCUUUGAUUUUACACUUUGGAAUACCAUGUUUAUGUGGCACAAUAUAGGCAGAACAACUUUUUCUGUAAAAGUUCAAAGUGAGACACAGGCAAUUUUCAGAAUGUUUCAUUUUUGUCACAUGACCUCAUCACAUUGCAUGUGCGUGGCAUUCAGAUACAAUUUUGAAAAUAAAAAACCUGUUUUUUUGCAUUAUAAUACGAUUUUGUGUAUGUACAUUUUGGCAUUCCGAUUUGUUCAAAAUUGUGAAGUAAAGUACUGUAUGUGUAUUUGUCACAUUGGAAAUGGAAGGUCAAGUCAAGCCCCUUGCAUUGAGAGAUACAAUUUACCAUGCAGUGUUGUUUCUAGUUUACUGCACAUUUUUGCAAAUGUAGGUAAUCCACCAUUCCUUUCAUAACUAUGAAAAAUAAUAUGACAUACUAUAUAGGAGUUGAAUGUUAUUAAUAAGGUUGUCUACAAUAGGUUGGCCCUCUAUUC